AUGACUAAGUUUUGUCAAAACACACAUAAAGAAGAAAGAGAGAAAUAAGAAGAAGCAAUAGUAGCAGCAAAAAGAAAAGAAAGAAAGAAAAAAGUUGGUCAUAGUUGUAUGUUAUGUCGACUUAAUUAUUUCGUUUUUCGCAUAAAUACGAACAAAGCCAUUUUUUCUGAAAGUGAGACAUCAAUUUCAAGCAUUUAUUCCAUCAUUUUUAAAUCAUCUGGAAAAAGAGUGAAACAAGCAAGCAACGCGAAAGAAAAAAGGUUCUAAAAAUGGCUACCAGAGAUGACGAAUACGAUUACUUGUUCAAAGUAGUAUUAAUUGGUGAUUCGGGCGUUGGUAAAAGUAAUUUACUAUCACGAUUCACACGAAAUGAAUUCAAUUUGGAAUCGAAAUCAACAAUUGGAGUAGAAUUUGCAACACGCAGCAUUGAAGUCGAUGGCAAAACGAUAAAAGCCCAAAUUUGGGAUACGGCUGGUCAAGAACGAUAUCGAGCAAUUACAUCAGCAUAUUAUCGUGGUGCAGUUGGUGCAUUAUUGGUCUAUGAUAUCGCAAAACAUUUAACAUACGAAAAUGUUGAACGUUGGUUGCGCGAAUUGCGUGAUCAUGCCGAUCAAAACAUAGUCAUCAUGUUGGUUGGUAAUAAAAGCGAUUUAAGGCAUUUACGUUCGGUACCAACGGAAGAGGCAAAAUCAUUUGCCGAACGAAAUGGUUUGAAUUUCAUUGAAACAUCGGCACUUGAUUCAACGAAUGUUGAGGCUGCGUUUCAGAAUAUACUCACCGAAAUUUAUCGUAUUGUGUCGCAAAAGCAAAUCCGUGAUCCACCCGAAGGCGAUGUGAUCCGACCAACCGUCGAACCCAUCGAUGUGAAGCCAGUAUCAGCCGAAUCAGUGCGCAGACAGUGUUGUCAGUGAAUGCUAUUGAUUCAAAACAAUCUAAAACUCGGAGUGCUCCACACUAAAAAUAAUAAUUUUAAUAAUAUAAUAAACAAUAAUAAUUUUUUUUUUCAUUUUGUUUUGCGCUCGAUGUGAAACACAUGGAAAUCAAUCCGCUCUAAUACAAAAAAAAAUUAUGUAUAUAUGUAUGAGAUAUUGUACUGAUAUAUUUUCAGUCAGUCGAAAUAUCUCAACUGGCUGAAUCCAAUAGCAAUUCGAAUGAAACUCUGAAAGCGAAGAAGUGUGGCGUUGAGAGAACCGUUUCUUCCUACAUCCUUCUCUCUUUCAAAUGAGGGAAAUCACUCAGUAUAAUGUCUCGUAUGUAUGAAUUAAAUUUAGUUAAAAAUGGAUGCAUUGCAUACACAAGACAAACGUAUAUGUAAAGAUUACAAAAAUAUUAAUAAAUCAAAAGAAACAAAAAAAAAUAUCAAUACACAAUUUU